GCUUCGAGACGCACGUCAACGUCCGCGCCACACGUUUCCGUACAACAGCCGCCGACGUCCGCGCAGUAUCGUAGUAGCGUCGUCGUCGUCGUGCGCGCCGCCGCGGUUACCCGACCGUUUUUUACCGCGCCAAACUUUUACACCGUCCGCCUCGUCUCGCCGUGCGUUCAGAGUUCCGUAUUUAUUAUUUUUUAUUUUUUGGUAUACCUAUAUUUAUAUAUCGCGUAUAGUUCGAGUGUUCGUCAAGUCUCAACGCGUGUACAGUGUUUCCGCGAUUCGGUUCACAUAGUGUUUUCCAGUUCCGCGUCACCGUCCUCCCGCAGUAGUCGGCGGGCGACGAGAAGACACAUUCCAUACAAUAUCGCUGUUCUCGCUCAGUGCCGAAGGGAGGUUUGGACAUUAUGUAAAGACAAAUCGCUGCAGAAACACACGUGCAUUAGGUCAGAGUGGACAAUGUGUAUCGACGGACACGCCAGGGAUUCGUUAACUGCUACUUUUACACCUACAACAAUCCAAAAUUCAGAAACCAUAUCUGCAAGUAAUGGCAGUACUGUGACCACACGCAGCGGAUAUGAUAUUCGCUUUAAUUGCGGCCGGAUCAGCUUUAAAGACUGGCCUGACUAUUGUUGGGACCAGCGUAUGGAUGAUACCGGUCUUGAUAGCCGCUAUGGCUUACUACCGGUAUGACAUUUAUGAUCCCGAGUCACGACCGUUCAACCAGAAAACACUCAGGUUGGAAUACGACUUUAUUGUGAUUGGUGGUGGAUCAGCAGGAGCUGUCGUCGCUAGUAGGCUAUCGGAGAUCGGACACUGGAGUGUAUUGCUAUUAGAAGCUGGUCCGGAUGAAAACGAACUGUCCGAUGUUCCUUCUUUGGCGGCCUAUCUUCAAUUAUCUCGUCUAGACUGGCAGUAUAAAACCGAACCAACGGGGAAAGCAUGUUUGGGCUUAAAAAAUGGCCGAUGCAACUGGCCCCGCGGUAAGGUAUUGGGUGGGUCUAGCGUGCUGAAUUAUAUGUUAUAUGUCAGAGGCAACCGGUAUGAUUACGAUGGGUGGCGCGACUUGGGCAACGAAGGAUGGGGCUACAGCGAUGUAUUACAAUACUUCACUAAAUCGGAGGAUAACCGUAAUCCAUACUUGGCCAGGCCCGGAUCGCCGUAUCACCGAGCGGGUGGUUUACUGACUGUGCAAGAGGCUCCGUGGAAAAGUCCAUUAGUGUUAUCGUUUGUUGAAGCCGGCCAGGAAGUGACGGGUUACCCGAACAGAGAUAUCAAUGGCAAAUAUCAAACCGGGUUUAUGGUCGCACAGGGAACGAUCCGGAGAGGUACGCGGUGCAGUACCGCCAAGGCUUUUCUCAGGCCAGCUAGGCUCAGGCCUAAUUUGCAUGUGGCCAUGCAAGCUCACGUGACCAAGAUUAUCAUCAACCCAGCCACAAAUCGCGUGACAGGCGUACAACUGUUGCGGGAUGGCAGGGUGCAUUUGGUGCGUGCGAAACGGGAAGUUAUCCUGUCGGCGGGCAGCAUCGGAAGUGCACAAUUAAUGAUGCUUUCCGGGAUCGGACCCAGCGAACACUUGCAACGACUAGGGAUUCCCGUGCUGAAGGACCUGCGCGUUGGCGACAACUUACAGGAUCACGUAGGAAUGUUCGGAUUGACGUUCAUCGUAGACAAGCCCGUGGCCAUAAUACAAAAUCGACUGAGGCCAGUUCCUGUAACUAUGGAAUAUUUAACUCGAGAAAAUGGGCCGAUGACUACGCUCGGUGGUGUUGAAGGACUUGGAUUCAUUCCUACCAUUUAUGCCAACAACACAGAAUACCCAGACAUUCAAUUUCAUAUGGCACCAGCUAGUAUUGCUUCAGACGAUGGCAUUAAAGUACGAAGAAUCUUGGGCGUUCAAGAUUCCAUAUACGAUAAAGUUUUUCGUCCAAUAGCCAAAAAAGACGCAUGGACCAUCAUGCCACUUUUACUUAGGCCAAGAUCUCGAGGAAGUAUUAGACUUAGAUCUAAAGAUCCAAUGGUUUAUCCUUAUAUAGACGCCAAUUACUUUGACGACCCUCUAGACAUAGCAACUCUGGUGGAGGGUGUCAAGUUGGCAGUAAAAAUUGGCCAAGGAAAAGCUUUCAGACAGUACCGUUCACGACUCCAUCGAGUACCUAUACCAGGAUGUGCGCGGUUCGAGUUCGGCUCCGAUCAAUACUGGGAAUGUUCCAUCCGUCACUUCAGCAUGACCAUUUACCAUCCAGUGGGCACGUGUAAGAUGGGACCACCUAGUGACCCGACCGCCGUAGUGGACCAAAGGCUCCGUGUGUAUGGCGUGCAAGGUUUACGAGUGGUGGAUGCGUCGAUAAUGCCUACCAUCGUCAGCGGUAAUACGAACGCGCCGACAAUAAUGAUCGCUGAAAAAGCAUCAGACAUGAUCAAACAGGACUGGCUUUCAAAUAAUAUCCAUUACCACGGUUGAAGAGCCGUAGUUGAUAAGGACCAAAUAUUCGACUUCGACAAUAUGCCACUACACAAUAUUUUAGUUGUGCCAUUUCGCAUUUAUUAUGUGCUUACCAUAUACAAAUAUUGCUAUAAUAUUAUACUGUAUCAAAUUGUGUUACCAUUUUUACUGUACAUAAAUAUUAAAAUGUUAAUUUUUUGUGUUGAAC